CAGCAGCGCAUCCGCGCACGCGCCUCUGCCCUAGGCUAGAAAGAUCUCGCAAGACGCGUAGAAUAGUGACAGCAGCUCGGUAGCCCAAGCACUCCUCGGUUCGCUCGCUCGCGCCAGCACACCCGAAAGCGACUCCACCGCUGCCGUGACCAGGGACGCCGGCCGCCGCCGCCGACCCGCUGACGCGCCGACGCCGCCGACGCAGCGGACAUCUCGCCGCCAACGCAGCGAACAAUGACGUGCAUCAAGUACAGCGCGGCCCUCGCGGCCGUCGCCUGCACGACUUAUCUAGGCAUAUUGGUGGGACGGCAGCACCGCCGGCCCGCAAUCCACCACCACGGCGGCCACGACGCCCCGCACCACGGCCCGCCGCGGCCGCCUAGGCCCUCAAAAAGAGCCGUAGGCGACGACGACUUGGACGCGGCCGCCGCGGAGCGGCACCACAUCCACGCGGAGCCCCACUCGCCGGAAUUGAUCCAAUUCGGAGACUGGUCGGCAAAAGGCAGAUUCACGAAACCCCCCGCCAAACCCUACGAUUCGUCGUACCCGCAGCUCACGAAUUUAUGGGAGAUCGUGCAGCGGUGGAACCCCGACAACGUGACGAUGCCCGUACCUUUCAAGGAGACGCUGGCCGUCCUCAACUACUCGGACCCGCACGAACGGUCGCUAGCGGAGGCCUACCGGAACGCGGAGGUGCCCUUCAAGAUCUACGACGUGCCGGACGUUGAAUAUGCGCGGGACGCGUGGACUGAUGUUUAUUUAACAGAACAAUUCGACAGGAAGGGCAACCAGUUCAAGGUCGAGGAGUCAGAGAACAACCACUUCAUGUACUGGCGGAGCCCGUCCGCGUCCGGCCGAAGGGCUUACCCGGAUUGGGCCCCGCCGACGGACAUCGUCCACAGCACGUUCGCGGACUGGUUGGCUUUUGCGAGAGGCGCGGACGACCGCGAACUCGGCCCGGAGGCCCAGCACCGCUACCUCAUGAUGGGCACGCCGCCUCUCUCGGCGUUGUUGCGAGGGUCGUCCGUCCGCAGAAGUCACUUCGUCACAAAAGACUUACCGUGCUUCACGCCUGGCACGGAAAACUUCUUCGUGACGGACAUCCGGAAGAACAAGGGCAUCCAGUGUCGGUUUGGGAUGCGAGGGGUCAUCGCGGAGGCGCACUACGACGGCGGCCGGAACAUGGUGGCCAUGCUCCGAGGCGCCAAGCGCUACAUAUUGACGCCGCCGACGUCGUGUGCUCAUCUCAACUUGAUAAGGGAUAGGAAGCACCCGUCGUUUCGCCAUUCAGAAAUUGACUGGAGCCACGAGCACCAGGCGCGCUCCGCAUUCUCGCCGGAGACCGCGGGCGCGAUCGACACCGUCCUCAGGGAAGGCGAAAUCCUCUACAUCCCGUCGUACUGGAUCCACUACAUCACGUCCUUGAAAUAUUCGAUCCAGUGCAACACGCGCUCCGGCUCGCCUCCCAAUCACGACGGCGAGGCCGACAUCGGGCGGUGCAUGGGCGGCGAGGGCAUGCCCACGGCGGCUAAACGGCCUCUCAAAAAGAAGAAGAAGCUCCGGGGCGCGCCGGGCUUCCACAUGACGUCUGGUGUCAUUAAGGACCACUGAGUAAUUGGUGAUGUGUGC